AUGUCCGCCACCGCUACUCAGACCGCAACCACUACUCUUACAUCCGACAAGGAUGCCUCUUAUAUCCCCAGAGGGCCGGUCACUACGACUUUGAACUUCUUCAAGGACCCAGAGGAUGGAGCGAAGCCUCAUAAUUACGUCGAGCCACAGCCAGAGGGCACACCCCAGAGGAACUUUGGCAUGACCACCACCGAUGUUCAGAUGAAUGACGUUCGGGGCCGCGAGUCCGAUUUCUAUCUUGAUAAGGAUGCAUUCGAGACAUUCCAAACGGUCCCUUCGAAAAUGCAGUACGAUGACUGGGCCGACGACGAGAAAGUUACGGGCGUCUACUAUCCCGAGGUAGUCCAGUUCCUUCUCGAUAACGUCCCGGGAGCGCACAAAGUGACCUUGUUCGACCACACAAUCCGCCGAAGCAAUCCCGAUGCGCCACGAGCGCCCGUCACCAGAGUGCACGUCGACCAAACCGCUCGAUCCACUGAGUGGCGAGUCAAGCUUCAUAACCCAGAUGAGGCAGACGAGCUAUUGAAAGGUCGCUACCGCAUCAUCAAUGUUUGGAGGCCUCUGAACGGCCCUGUCCAGGCCCACCCCCUCGGAUUUGCCAGUGCAGAAAGCGUCGAUGACAAUGACCUGGUUCCUGUGGAGCACAGGUACCCGCACCGGACUGGUGAGACCGCGGGAGUCAGGUACAAGCCAGAGCAGAAGUUCUACUACUGGUCGGGCAUGAAGAAUGAUGAGCGGCUCUUCUUGAAGUGCUACGACAGCAAGGAUGGUGUCGGCCAAAGAGUGCCACACACGGCCUUUGUGGAUCCUCGGACUCCUGAGGGCGCAAGAGGGCGCGAGAGCAUUGAAGUUAGGGCUCUUGUGUACGGUUAG